AUGCACCCAGCUCUUGGCCAUCCCCGCUCGGUCUCUGUCUUGUCCUGGUCCAGCUCCGUCCUGCCGCUCCCAGCCGCCACCGCCACCGGGUCGCAGCCCUUCUUCCUCCAGGGGGGUUUCCCUCGUGGCGGGAGAGGCUCCGGCGACAGCAACACCAGCACCAGCGCCAGUACCAGCCUGGGGGAAAGCGGCGGCGGGGGCAGCGGUUCCCCCAGCAGCAGCACCGGCGCAGAGCGGGAGGACAACCACAACCAGAGCGUCAGUAUAAGCAAACCACUGGUUCCCACUGCCGCCACUGCCGGGAUCGCGGGACCCCUAGCCCCAAACGCUGACACCCAGGCGCGUGUGGCUUUCUCCUCCUCAGCCGCCACCCCCUCCUCCACGCCCACCUACUCCUGCAGCAUGACAGCAGCGGACGUCAGUGGGAGUGCUGUCAGGGGCAUCUUCAGUGGGGGUGCUGCCGGGAGUGUUGGGGGCCCCGGGGCCCGCUUAGCUGGGGUUACCACCGGUGGCGCAGGGACCAGCAGCGGCGCCUCCUGCUGUUCGUGCUGCUGUUGGUGUAGCCACAAGGCCCUAGCCCCGCCAGACUACAGAGGUCAGCAUCACAGUGGCGGCUGCGCCCCUAGUUCGGGGUGUCGUUGGGGCUACCAGGCACUGUCCGUGGUGCUGCUUUUGGCACAGGGAGGGCUACUAGACCUGUACCUCAUCGCAGUCACCGACCUGUACUGGUGUUCCUGGAUUGCCACCGACCUGGUGGUGGUGGUGGGCUGGGCCAUCUUCUUCGCCAAGACCAGCCAGGGCCAUCGGGGCAGUGCUGGGAGCCAUCACCAGCACCACAAUCAUGCCUCGCCGCCCCUGCACCUGCCCGCUGCUUCCAUUGGGGCUGCAGCAGGGACCAAGGCUCCCGGUGGCCGCAGGGGCUCCGGAGGUCCAGGGGGUGGUUUAGGGGCGGCUGAGGCGGUGGGCGAGUUCGCCUUCGCCUACCUGGCCUGGCUCAUCUACUCCAUCGCCUUCACGCCGAAGGUGGUGCUCAUCUUGGGCACGUCCAUCUUGGACCUCAUUGAGCUGCACGCACCCCUGGGCACCACAGGCUUCCGCCUUACUAUGGCGCUGUCGGUGCCUCUGCUCUACAGCUUGGUUCGGGCCAUCAGCGAGGUGGGCACUCCCCUGAGUUCAACAGGCCCCUUGAUCCUGCAGCCCCAGCAACACCGCGCCUCGGGAUGUUUCCUAGGCACGUGUCUGGAUCUGCUUGACAGCUUCACCCUAGUGGAGCUGAUGUUGGAAGGCCGCGUGCCACUCCCCACACACCUUCGUUACCUGCUCAUCAUAGUUUACUUCCUCACCCUCUCCUCGCCCGUGCUUUGGCUGUAUGAACUCAACGCGGCAGCAGCCGCAGCCGCAGCUUUGUCCUGGGAUCAGACUCCUGGACCUGGCAGCUGCAGCCGCCUUCUGCGCCUACUGGGCGGCUGCCUGGUGGACGUGCCCUUGCUGGCGCUGCGCUGCCUCCUGGUGGUGAGCUACCAGCAGCCCUUCUCCAUUUUCAUGCUCAAGAAUCUCUUCUUCCUUGGAUGCCGUGGCCUGGAGGCCCUAGAAGGCUGUUGGGACCCUGGAAGUCCAGCUUCUUCCAGUCGGGCUUCUUCCAAUCGGGGCCGAGGGUGCUAUGGCGCUCCACCCUCUGCCCCGCCUCCACUGCCACCUCCACCACCACCUCAGGGAGGCUCUCAGCUGAGUCACUGUAUCACAGAGAACAAUGAGGCAGGGGCCCAUGGCUAUGUCAACACCCUAGAUGUGGCCUCCCAGAAAAAAGGGGAAUAA